GAGAAGAUUCCCAUCCUGAACAUUCCUUUGCUAUUCUUCUGGAUCACACUGGCUCCUUAGAGAAGUCCCAAAGUCUACUGUUGAAAUUAGGAAGUUGGAAAGUUGAUAUGGAUCGUUUACCUGUGUUUUUCUCCCGUGAGCAUGUCAAAGAGAUUUCUAGUUCAAUUUUAAAUCUGAGUUCUGCUGGGAUUUGGUCAAAAAUUGUAAAUUUCAGGAGGAAAGAUACUGAGUUUUGUGAAUAUGUGAAGAGAUUUAUAGAAGGUCAAUUUUUUUCAUUACUUAUGAUUAGUACCAUCUCAUCAAAUGCCCUGUGUAUGGUUUUGGAGACCUAUUAUGAAAUUAAAAAGAACAUGUUCUUAAUGUUUGAGGUAGUAGAAGUCCUAUUUACGUCCAUUUAUUGGUUUGAGUUCUACGUCAAAUUGUAUGUGGACCCUAUUGGAUACUGGAAGAAUGGAUACAAUUUGUUGAAUGUUGUCAUUCUCAUCAUCAUUUCUGUUCCUUUCUACAUGUGGAAACUGUAUGGAAGGCACUACCAAUAUCUAAAUAUAGGAGAAGGCAUCCAGUCUCUUCGAAUUCUCAAACUAAUUCCCUACAGCCGAGGAAUAAGGACUCUGAUCACUGCAUUGGGACAGACAAUCUACACUGUGGCAUCCGUCAUGACCUUGCUGUUUCUGCUGAUGUUCAUCUUUGCCAUCUUAGGCUUUUGUCUUUUUGGCUCCAGUGAUGGGGGUGAUGUGAAUAACUGGGGAAACCUGGCCUCGGCCUUCUUCACCCUAUUCAGCUUGACUACGGUGGAUGGCUGGACAGAUCUACAGCAAGACCUGGAUGAGCGAGAGUUUGCUCUGAGCAGAGCUUUUACCAUUUUCUUCAUCUUGCUGGGCUCCUUUGUGUUCCUCAGUAUGUUUGUUGGUGUCAUGAUCAUUCACACAGAGGAUUCGAUCAAGAAAUUUGAAAAGGAAUUGGCAAAUGAGCGACAUAUGGCUGUUUUACAAGAGAAGCAAAAUAUCUUGAGGAAGCAGCAGGCAGAAGUCAACAGACUCAUGCAGAAAGGGAGAAAAAGUGAAUUUCAAACUUUCAAUGAGUUGGUGGAAGGUUUUAAGAAGACUCUAAGACAUACAGACCCUAUGGUCUUGGAAGAUUUCUGUACCACUCUUCCCUUCAUUGAUAUUUACCUGUCAACACUGGACAACCAAGAUAAUACUAUUGUUAAGCUCCAAGAACUCUAUUAUGAAAUGGUGAAUGUUUUGAACCAGAUGCUAGAAGACAAACCGGUCAAGAAACAUUCAGUCUCAUCUGAGAGAUCUAGUGAAUAUUAGGCAUGCUUCAUGGUGGUGCUACUGGAUCUGAGGUCCGAUCUAGCUCCUGUCAGGCCUGAGGCCCAGACAAAUAAGGCAGUUCUAGGAAGUUCCCAUUGA